UUUAUUGUAGGACAAGACGGGAUGUGUGGUGUGAACUACGAGCAUGCCCCGGCUGAAGGCCCACCCAUAGUGGCCUUGAUCGACCAUGUUGUAGAGUACACGAGGAAGCCAGAGAUGGUGCGGACUCCCAUGGUGCCUUUGCCCAUGCCCAAGAAGCUGCACUUCAGCAUCACGCCUGAGAUUAAGAAGGACAUUGAGGAAGCCAAGCAGGCCAUGAACAAACUGGCCCAAGACCUGGACAUGAGAGUCAUCAUUUUCAGCCACUUUGGGAAAAACGUCCCUAAGACCUACAAGAUGAGUCCUGAUGCUUUCAUACAGAUCGCACUACAACUGGCCUACUACAG